CUCUUGUUUCUUCUCACUCUUUAUCACCUUCUUAAAUCUAACCAAACUUUCAUGAUAGAUUAAUGGAUUGAAGUUUGUUAACUUGUUUUUUACUUUCUUUUUCCCAUAAAAAUUAAAAAAAUAAGGAAAAAGUAGUGGGUGGUUAGCUAGCUGUUUGUCUAUUGCAUUAGUGUCCUCAUUUUCCUUUCACUCUUUUUCCCCUCUGCAAAAAUGGAGGCUCUUUAUCUUUCUCUUACUUCUUCCUCCUUCAUCGUUCCCAGAAGUAAAGCUUGUUUCUUGAUCAGAAACCAAGAAGUAUACCUGCCCUGCCUGCCCACAUUGAGGGUCAAGAACAUGGUAUAUUGCCAGAGUGGCAGUGGGAACAACGUUGUGAAAUCUAGUAACAUGGCAUCUGUUGUAACAGAGAGGUCUCUUUCCGAACAGGGAAGCAAGGCAGCACUAAUGGAGGCUGCAGGUACUUUGAUUCUGGCGCCAAACGGGAACGUCCAGCAGACAGAUGUUGGGAUGAAGGAUUUGGUUCCUUUUGGUGGUGGGAGUUCGACACCUCUCGUUGAGAAGCAUGAUGAUGGCAUCGGCAUUGUGAAGUUCAUCCGUGGAAAGUCAUUCCUCGUCACCGGUGGAACUGGUUUUCUAGGAAAAGUUCUAAUUGAGAAGAUACUGAGGACAGUGCCUGAUGUGCAUAAGAUAUUCAUCUUAAUCAAGGCAGAGAAUAAAGAAGUGGCUAUGGAGAGAUUGAAAAAAGAAAUCAUGAGUGCUGAACUCUUCAUGUUUCUGAAACAAACAUAUGGAAAAUCAUACCAAGCUUUCAUGCUGAACAAGUUAGUUCCUGUCGUCGGGAACGUGUGUGACUCUGGGCUUGGAAUGGAUGAACACACAGCUGAGAUGAUCGCUAAGGAGGUCGACGUCAUAGUCAACUCUGCAGCUAAUACAACUUUUGAUGAAAGAUAUGAUGUUGCUCUAGAUAUAAACACCAAGGGGACUAAUCGCCUAAUGAAUUUUGCUAAACAAUGCCAGAAGCUCAAACUCUUCCUCCAUGUAUCAACAGCUUAUGUUAAUGGACAACGACAAGGAAGAAUCAUGGAAAGAGCAUUCAACAUAGGUGACAGCAUAGCAGGCGAAAGAGUGGUCAAUGGAACUAAUAAAAACUCGAUCCCUAAGCUGAACGUUGAAGAUGAGGUGAAGAUGGUUAUGAUUGCUAAAGAAUCACUCCAAGGAAAUGAAAUGGCUCAGAAAAUGAAAGAACUUGGGCUAGAGAGAGCAAACAAAUUUGGAUGGCAAGACACUUAUGUAUUCACAAAGGCAAUGGGAGAAAUGAUGAUUGAUAAUAUGCGGGGCGACAUACCUGUUGUUAUAAUCCGGCCUAGUGUCAUUGAGAGCACCCACAAAGAACCCUUCCCUGGAUGGAUGGAAGGAAACAGGAUGAUGGAUCCAAUUAUUUUGCACUAUGGGAAAGGACAACUUACGGGAUUCCUCGUAGACCCAAACGGAGUACUUGAUGUGGUUCCAGCCGACAUGGUUGUCAAUGCAACAUUGGCGGCAAUGGCAAAGCACGGCAUAGCUGGAAAGCCAGGAACUAAUAUAUACCAGAUUGCUUCAUCAGUUGUAAACCCGUUAGUCUUCAAGGACCUCGCCAGAUUGCUGUAUGAACAUUUCCACUCUAAGCCGUACAUUGACUCUAAGGGAAAGCCAAUUGAUGUCCCAACAAUGAAGCUUUUCAGCUCCAUGGAAGCCUUGUGUUCCCACCUAUGGCGAGACACAAUAAACAAAAGUGGGCUAACAACUUUAGGCAAUACUAAUGGAAAACUAUCUAGCAAGAUUGAAAACAUCUGUAAAAAAUCAGUUGAGCAAGCAAAGUACUUGGCCAGCAUCUAUGAGCCAUACACUUUCUAUGGUGGAAGGUUUGAUAACAGCAAUACUCAGAAGCUGAUGGAGUGCAUGUCGAAAGAAGAAAGAUGGCAGUUUGGGUUUGACGUUGAGAGUUUAGAUUGGAAAGAUUACAUAUCAAAUGUUCACAUUCCCGGGCUAAGGAGGCAUGUCAUGAAAGGAAGAGGGUCAUGCGGCUAAUGGCCCACAAUGAUUCUGCAUUGCUAAUGUUGGCAGCUAUUGUAACGGAAGUAUAGUUGUGUCGCCUUUUUUCUUUUCUUUGGUAUUUUCCUCUCUUCCUUUUUCUCCAACAAGAUGGGAGCAAGGGAAUUGCAUGUCAAUUACUGAUUAUAUAGAUGUAACAUCCUUUCCAUUUUAAGUCUACCAUAAGUGCAGUUUGGGGUUCCUUAGCUUUAGCUUGGAACUGAUGUAUGUAUGUAUUUAUACUGUACUUCGAACUUCUGUCAGAUCAUUAUCACAUCCUACUUUUAUAAUGAUAAAUUCUACGGAGUAAGUUCUAAUUA